UAGCUAUGUACCCGGAUACAUUUCAUCAAACAAACACAAUGUACCCUUAAACUGUUUUAAAAAACAUUACAAAUCCCGCUUAUCGCAGAAAAAAUAACACGAAUAAAACGUUCCUGUUGUUGCAGACACAAUAAUGAGCGAGUCUCUAUUAUCAUGCUCCGUGACGCACUGACCCCGGAGAUCGGGUCAGCACCACUACAUUAAUACUCGUCUCCAAUGCCGGCCGAGCGAGUCACACACACACGGCCGCACGAGGCGUCCAACAUGAGACUCAUUCUGCUACUGUGUCUGUGCGCGGCGCGAGCUCAAUCCUACAACCCGUUUUUCGACGUUUUUAUCACCAACAGCGUUGAAGAGGACACGACCGAAACGAUAAACACGUUCUUCACCGACUCUACGACCAAAAUGAGAGCGUUUCUAGACGGACAGCGCAACAAAGUGGAGAAAGUGUGGAGCUCGAGCUACGAGAGCGCCGUCAAGAUGAAGGACUCCGUGCAGAGCUUCGUCGACGAGAAACAGAAGAAGAUGACCGAGGACUUCACCAGCUACGUGGAGUCGGUGAAGGAGAGCAGCCGGAAGGUGGUGGACAACUGGUCCUUCCUGCCGACGGCGGACGAGGUGGGCGCGCGCCUGGACAACCCGCCCGCCGCGCUGUCCGUGCCCGCCAUCAUCGCGCGCAACGGCUACCCCUGCGAGACCCACACCGUCGUCUCCGAGGGAUACAUCCUCAACGUGCACCGCAUACCGCGCGCCUUCGGCACCGACACUCCGUCGAAAACCGUCCUACUCCAGCACGGAUUAUUCGCCAGCUCGGCGGACUGGAUCCUGAACGGGCCAGAGAAAGGUCUCGCCUACACACUGGCCGAUGCCGGCUACGACGUCUGGAUGGCUAACAUCAGAGGGAACAAGUACUCCAGGGAGCACGCGUGGCUGAAGACUGACUCCAAGAGCUACUGGAACUUCUCCUGGCAUGACGUGGCGCAGCACGACGUCCCCGCCAUCAUCGACUACAUCAUGAAACUGAAAGGCAGCGGCACUAAGAUCACGUACAUCGGCCACUCGAUGGGGACCACGAUCCUGUUUGCUAUGCUGACGCUACGACCGGAAUACAACAAGAUAUUGAGUUCGGGUAUAGCUCUAGCGCCUGUCGUCUUCAACACGGACGUCAAGUCUCCGUUGAAGGUGUUAGCUCCGAUAGCGAGUCACAUUGCGUAUACGGAGAUGUUGUACGGUUCGCACGAGUUCAUCCCGAAGAACUCUGCUCUAGGGAAGCUGACUAGCUCGUGCGACGCCAGCAACCCUGAUUCAUCGAUGUGCAAGAACGUGAUGUUCUACAUCUGCGGGCACGACGAGCAGCAGUUCAACAAGCUGGUGAUGCCGGUGUUCCUGGCGCACCUCGGCACGGGCACCUCGUGGAAGACGGCGCUGCACUUCGCGCAGGAGGCGGUCGCCGGCGGCAAGUUCCAGCAGUUCGACUACGGAUACAACAACCAGAAAGUCUACGGCACAGACAAUCCGCCAGAGUACGAUCUGAGCAAGGUAACUCUGCCGAUAACCUUGUUCUGGGCGCAGAAUGACCUUCUGUCCAGUGAGAAGGACGUCAAGCUGCUAUAUGAGAAGCUCCCGAAGAAGACGACUCGCAUGUACUUGGUGCCAUUCCCCGAGUUCAACCAUUUAGACUAUCUGUGGGCCGUGGAUGCUCCGACGCUCCUGAACAAUAAGAUAUUGGAAUUUUUGCAAAAGACGUAAGAAGGGCGUCUCUGUAAGUUCACAGACGUUUUUGCGAAUAAUAUUUUUUGUACAUUUCACUGGCUUCAUGAGAACAAUAUGAAGCCUCGUGUGCCUACAUUAAUAUCAAUUACUGUUUAUUUUGAAUAAAAUAUAGAUUUGA